AUGAAGACGAUCUUAGCGUCCGAGACGAUGGACAUUCCUAAGGACGUGAAGCUGGAGAUUAAGGCGAAGAAGGUCCGCGUGACUGGGCCACGUGGCAAGCUGUUUAGGGACUUCCGUCACCUGAACCUCGAUUUCCAAAUCGUCGAGGACGGGACGAAGCUUAAGGUCGAUGCGUGGUUCGGCACGCGCAAGACGAUGGCGUCGAUUAGAACGGCCAUCAGCCACGUGCAGAAUCUGAUCAAGGGCGUGACGGUGGGCUUCAAGUACAAGAUGCGCCUCGUGUACGCUCAUUUCCCCAUCAACUCGAGCAUCAGCGGCUCCGCCGACAGCAUCGAGAUCCGAAACUUCCUGGGCGAGAAGAAGGUGCGCAAGGUGGCGAUGCUGGAGGGCGUGACGAUAACGCGGUCGGAGAAGGUGAAGGACGAGCUCAUCCUCGAGGGCAACGACAUCGAGCUCGUCUCGCGCUCCGCCGCGCUCAUCAACCAGGUGUGCCAUGUGAAGAAGAAGGACAUUCGGAAGUUCCUGGAUGGCAUCUACGUGAGCGAGAAGGGCAACGUUGUGGAGGAGGCCUGA